AGGAGGAGGAGGAGGAGGAGGGCAGCCUGGAGGAGGAGGCGGCGGCCGAGCGGGGGGCAAGAUGAGCCUGCUGUCAGCCAUCGACACCGGCGCCGCCUCGGUCUACCAGCCGGCCCAGCUGCUCAACUGGGUGUACCUGUCCCUGCAGGACACGCACCAGGCCAGCGCCUUCGACGCCUUCAGGCCCGAGCCGGCCGGCCCGGCCCACCCGGAGCUGGGCUACGGCAAGGGCAGCCCCGACCAGCUGGGCUCGCCCCUGCACUCCAGCUAUCUCAACAGCUUCUUCCAGCUGCAGCGCGGAGAGGCACUGAGCAGCAGUCUGUAUAAGAGCGCAUCUCCUUAUGGCUCCCUCAACAACAUCGUGGAUGGACUCAGCUCCCUGACCGAGCACUUCUCUGAUAUGUCCCUCUCCUCGGAGGCCAGGAAACCCAGCAAAAGACCACCCCCCAACUACCUGUGCCACCUCUGUUUCAACAAGGGGCACUAUAUCAAAGACUGCCCUCAGGCUCGCCCCAAAGGUGAAGGGCUGACUCCGUACCAGGGCAAGAAGCGGUGUUUUGGGGAGUACAAAUGUCCCAAGUGCAAGAGAAAAUGGAUGAGUGGAAACUCCUGGGCCAACAUGGGCCAAGAAUGUAUCAAGUGCCACAUCAAUGUGUAUCCUCACAAACAGACUCGUGUCCACAGUGGGAGUUGGGCGGCGAGACUUGGAACCAUGUCUGUUUCCAGUCAACCUCCACAACCUCCACGUACAAGAGACCGCUGGAAAAGCCAGAUGGCCUUGAUGUCUCAGACCAGAGCAAGGAGCACCCUCAGCAUCUGUGUGAAAAGUGCAAAGUCUUGGGCUACUACUGCCGUCGAGUGCAAUAAAUCUCCUGGAGAUGGUGCUGACUCCCUGCCUUGCCUCUUCCUGCCUCCCUGUGACAUCCUCUGGUGUCAGGGACAUCCAGGAACACACCAUCGAAAGCCAACAACGACACACAAACUAAACUAAAAGCAAUGUUGCCGACAUUACUAUCUAUAAACUAAUAAUAUGCCUUCCAGUUAACAGAAUGUAACACUUUUCCUGUGUAUACGUGCAAGAUGUAUUUAUAGGACUCUGGGUUUUGUUUUGUAUUUGAUAAAAACAGUGUUACUGA